AUGUCUUCCAUUAGCCCUAACGACCUUGCAAAUCUAGAUGACAGCUCCAAGAAGGAAAUUAUGACCUUUUUGGAGUCAGAGAACUCCAAGCAAAAGGUUCAGAUGUCGAUCCACCAGUUCACAAAUAUAUGCUUCAAGCAGUGUGCAUCGAACGUCAACAACAGUAACCUGAGUUCCCAGGAGGAGACGUGUUUGAAAAACUGCGUCAACCGUUUCUUGGACACGAACAUCAGAAUCGUCAAAGGCUUGCAAGGUAUCCAGUAA